AUGGCUGAUCCGUUUGGUAGAUCAGAGGAUCAACCAUCAAGCCCUUAUUACCUCCAUCCUAGUGAAAAUCCUUCACUUUUGCUAGUUACUAAUGUUCUAACAGAUCAGAAUUACCACUCAUGGUGUAAAGCUAUGAAGAAAGCUUUAAUUUUGAAGAAUAAGUUGAAAUUUGUUGAUGGAAGCAUUGCAAUUCCAAACAGAAAUGAUGCCUCCUUUCCACCUUUGGAGAGGUGCAAUACAAUGGAGGAAAUUUACUCAUAUAAACAGAAUAAUUUGACAGUUACAGAUUACUAUACACAUUUGAAGAUGCUAUGGGAUGAGUUAUCAAGUCUCAGACCUAUACCUAACUGUGUUUGCAAUCCAACAUGCUCUUGUGUUCUUAUCAGAACAAUUAAGGAGUAUUUCUCUAAUGCAAAGAUUCAGAUCAUGAUGAAGGAUCCUUUACCUCCCACUAACAAAGUGUUCUCUAUGAUAGUCCAGCAUGAAAGACAGCUAGGAUUGAAUACUAGCAAUCAAAAUGUUGAUUCACAGGCUUUUCUCUCUAGAGGAAACAAGUACAAUUGUGAAAAUGAUUCUCAAUAUGAAUCAAGUGCAUGCUACAGCAGAGGCAAUCAAAACUUUGGCAAUGGAAAUUACUCAGGAGAUGCAGCAAAUGAAAAUUACAACAGACAAGAAAAUCACAGUAGAAAUGAGCAAUCAGAAGGAAAUAAUGGUGGUCAUUUUCCAUUCACAAAAGAUCAGUAUUCAAAGUUACUGUCUUUGAUUCAGCAAAGUGGAAAUUCAGCUCAAGUUAAUCAAAUUUCUGCUCAUUUCAAACAGGAAGAACCAGACACUGGAGCUACUGACCACUUCACUUGCAAGCCUGAUUUGUUCAAAAACAGUAGAUCUAUUAAAAACAUGGUUGUGAAAUUGCCAAAUGGUCAUCGGGAUCUAACUCUUUCGAAGAAUAUUGGAUCAGCUAAAAAGAAAGAGGGUCUUUAUGAGUUGCAAUUAUCUAAUAAUUUCAGUUGCAAUUCCUGCUCCACCAAAACUAUGUCAUCUGCAUAUUUGUGGCAUCUCAGAAUGGGGCAUCCAUCCACACAGAGAUUGAAAAAGCUUCAUAGCAUGGACUCUGGUAUUACCUUUUCAAAUAAAUAUGUUUGUGAAAUUUGUCAUUUCAAUAAACAGAAGAAACUUACUUUUCCUGUUAGUGAGUCUUCAACUAAGUGUAAUUUUGAAUUGGUUCAUAUGGACAUAUGGGGUCCAACUCAGACACCUACUGUAAAUGGUUAUAGAUACUUCUUAACCAUUGUGUAUGAUUGCAGUAAGUACACAUGGGUUUUCCUUAUGCAUAAUAAAUCACAGACCAGAGAUUUCAUGUAUAAUUUUUUCUCUUAUGUUGAAACUCAAUUUUCUACCAAGAUUAAGACUGUGAGAACAAACAAUGGAGUUGAAUUCAACAUGGUGGAUUUCUUUAAUUCCAAAGGAACUAUACAUCAAAAAUCUUGCACCUACACCCCUGAACAGAAUAGUGUGGUAGAGAGAAAACAGCAGCACAUACUAAAUAUUGCAAGAUCACUCAAGUAUCAGUUAGGUUUGAACAUUUCUCUCUAG